AUGGUCUAAAAUACUUCUAAUUUCACCUGCUGUAAAUUCUAUGCUAAAAAUUAUACUUAACUAAGUCUUGAUAAAAAUCUGCGUCUGAAAUUCAGGAUAUGCUAGUGUACCUGUUAGUCCUUAUAGCUUCUUAACAAGGAUGCUUAGUUUUAUGCUGAAAAAUAUGCAGAUAAAAGUUUUGGAAAAUGA